AUGACAUCAUCCUAUUUCAAGCAACGAAUUGACCAACCUAGCGAUUUUACCCAAAAGUGCGCCACCAGCUAUGGCUUGAAGGGAUGGGUUAGGAACACCACUUGCGAAAAGGUUGAGGGUGAGGCUCAAGGCAGUGAUGAAAUGAUGCAAAAGUUCUUCCAACAGAUCAACAAGGGUCCACGUUUGGCUCACGUGGUAAAAUUGGAGAAGCAUGACCUUGAGUUACGCGAUGACGAGGAUCACUUCGCAGUGAUACGGACAGCAGAGUCCAUGUUUAAAUCAGGAAGCUAA